AUUCAUGCUUUAACAGUUAAACGUAAAUCUGUAAUCACUUAUCCAAUGAAUCUGCUUCUCAUCAUUAAAUUCCACCGACAUUCCUGAGGAAAAAUUACAAUCCAAAUACAAAUUUAUAUUUCCAUUGAAAUAUUUAUUGGUAAAGUCUGUCCUGGGAAAUGAAACUGAUGGAUACAUGUGUUUGAUAGCUAUGAGCAUUUAAAAUUCCAUAAAGUAUCAGCGAAGUUUCAGAUAUCGAUAAAAUGGCAGAAAAUAAAACGUUUACAGAGGAAGAGACGUGGACACAUUCGUGCAAACAACAGGAAACUGAAAAUGCAGAAAAUUACGAGUUGGAGAACAAGGGAGGUAACCGGAAGAAGAACUCUGAUCACAACAAUUACGAGAAUUGUGACGAAGAUGGGGAUAAGGCAUGUGAUGACGAGGAAAAUGAAUGUGACGAAGAUGAGGAGAAUGAUUGUGACUGGAUGACGAAAGAAGAGGAAGAGAGAAAAAUAAUACAAUGUUUGAAGGACGUGGUAGUUAGAUGUACUCACGCUAAUCCUAAGAAAAGACCAACUUCGUAUGAAGUGCUCGAUAUGUUAUACAAAGUAUACGAACCACCAAAAGAACCUUGGUCUGUGAGGAAUUUCUGUCAGUACGCAUGUCAAGCAGAAAACUACGAAGAUUACGAGGACUCCACGAUGGAUACACCGGCACAGGAUAAAUAAACGUCAUCAAGGUGAAGACAUUUCAAAGUUUGUUGUUUAAAAUGUUUUUGUUUUCUUUCAAAAGGCAAACAAUGAAUUAAAUAUGCCAAGUAGAACAAAUUUACCUACAUAUUCAAAGUGUGGCAACUCUGGUUGUUUAAUAAAAAUAUGUGUUUAUUCCAAA